AUGGCCGUACUCUUCUCUCCAGAGGAGGAAGAGAGGAGGGAGAGGGAGGAGACGGAGAGGAUAGUCAAGCUGCAGAGGGAGCUGCAGAGGAACAGGGAGAUGGAAGCAGAGAACCUUUAUUUGCAAGAGCAGCUUAGAGAGGUUGAGCUCAGCAGGCAACAGCACGCUGCUGAUUUGCAGGAGAAAAAUAGGCUUUCCCGAUUGUUGGAGCAUAAGAAUGCUUUCCUGGAAAGAGUUGUCCAACGUCGAGAAGCUGAGUUUAAUAGCCAAAAGAAAGAGAGGGCAGAAAGGAUUAAUCAGUUGAUUUCAAGAAAGCGUGCAAAGGAGACUCUGCUGAAAUUGAUGUAUUAUCUGUUUCCGGAGGAAGAGCGGAUCCAAAUGUUCCACGUAGUAGACGCUAGAAAACGUGAAGAGGAAGAGAGGCGGAAGAGGGAAGAUGCGGAGAUGAGACUAAAGCUCGACACACUUAAAGCUAAGCUCGACGCACUUAAAGCUAGCUAAGCAGCUGCAGGAGUUAAUUAAUGGAGAUUGAAAAGGAGAGGCUUGGUCUCCUAAAUAUUUGAAGCAUGGAUCCUGCUUUGCAUCAUUUCGAAGUCAUGUUUGAUCUAUGAGCCACAGUACUCCCAUACAUAACAUGAUGCUACUUGUUAUGGUAUUUUGAACGAUGAUGUUAGUAUUACUCAGGUAUAACAAAAUUUUAGUUUAGUUAUAUGUAGAUUUUGUUUGCU